UGUAAACAAGACCACCAGCGAGCGAGUUACGGGAAGGAGGCAAUCAUGACUGAACAGAAUGAAGAGGCCAAGAAUGCUGUGUUAAAGAGCCGUGAUAAAGGAGGGACAGGCACCAUGACCCCCGGCCCAAGCAGCGGCAUGUCUGUUCGUCUGCCUUCCUUCAGAGGCCCUCGUGACCUCACUCUCUCAGCCUCCUCUGCAUCUACACCAAUUAAACCUACACUUAUAGCUAGACCAAGAAAGACGUUUUCACCAAAUAUUCCUGUUAGAAGAGAAAAAAAUGAAAAAGUUGUGGAAUCAAAGGCAGAAAAAAGUCAAAAGCGAAAUCGUGACCGUGACAAAAGGGAAGGUGGAAGAGGAAGAGGCAGAGGUCGUAACAAGGAAUUUGUUCAGACGACUGGCUCUCUCUUUGGUGAAGGGAUAGCCGCCACUCCCCAAAGACGGGCCGGAGGAGGUUAUGGGUUUGGGUGGGGAGGUGGUGGAGGUGGAGGUGGAACAGGAAAGGCUGGAGAUGCUGGCUUCAUUCACAAACCUGUGCUCAAUCUGGAUACAGUUAAUAACAUAGAUAAGGAUCAUGAAGACCAAAAAUUGAAAGACCUACUAAGAGACAACUUCAUAGAUGACCCCAGUGACCUCUCAGAGCGGGACAGUGACGAGGACUUAUUCCCAGUCCAGCUCCCAAUGGUGGACACAGGUCGAGGCUUUAAGGAAGAGGAUGUGGACCACGAUGUCAAAAUAAAAAAGACAGAACCAAUUAUCACUCCCGAUGGCACUGAAGUAAAGAGUGAGCCAGCAGAUCCUGAAGAAGCCAUGGCAGUGGUAAAUGACACUGAAGAUGCCGUAGAGACAAAGGAUAUUAAGAAAGAGAAUCUACUCAAGCAUACAGACAAAAAGGUUAUGAUGAAGGGAGGCCUACCAGCAAAGGAAAAGACACCAGAGCCAUCAGUGGUCCAGCUUCUGUCAGGGAAACACAAGGAUUUCAUGUUCUUUCAGUUGCCAAACUCCCUUCCCAGUCACCCUCCUGAGAUCAAGCAGGAGCCGCAAACUCAACAACAGAAACAAUCACAGCCUAGUAAUGUUAGCAAUGCAACUGCUGAUGAAGAAGAGGAGAAGAAAGCACAACCUCAGUAUUGUACUUUAAAUACAUUACCAGAAGGGCAGAUUGGGAAGCUCAAGAUAUAUAAAUCAGGGAAGACUGAGCUGUGGUUAGGGGAACAUAAGCUUAUUGUUAAUAAGGGAACUCAGGUUGGGUUUUUGCAGGAUGUUGUGAGUGUGGAGACAGAUGAAGAAAAGAAGAGUGGAAACAUGACUGUUCUCGGGCACAUCGGCCAUCGGCUUGUUUGCUCUCCAGACUUGGAAUCUCUUGUCAGACAAAUGAAGACUUAGCAUUGGCUUCACAUCUAGUCUGUUAUUUCUGUUUUUACUUUUUUUUUUUUUUUUUUUUUUUUUUUUACAGAAUAUUUCAUUAUUUUAAUGGCAUGAUAGGGCUUUAUUUUUUUAAGUGCAGUGGACUGUAUUUGCAAAGCAAUUCUUUUUUGCAGAAAACAGGUUGAGCUACUUUGAGAUACAUUGUUCAUAUUUGAAUAGCAUUCAAGUAUUAAGAAAGUGGUUCUGUUAUUCAGUCAGUUUUGAUAAUCAUUGUGUGAGUAAUAUUUGCACUCAGUGAAAAGAAACUGGAAAGUGAUAGAUAUUUUUGUCUCUUGAUGUUUUUUUUUCUAUUAUCCAGUCUUCUUAAAUUUUCUUUUGCUUAUUUUGGGAAACAUUACUAGAUUGUUGAUAAAGUAGAUGUGUUUAUAAAUAAAAUUGUAUCACAUCUGUA